AUGGCUCCACUCAAAGCAUUGCUACCCCUCGCCCUGGCCAGCGUCGCUGGCGCCAGACAAUGCGCAAACUUCAUGAUACAGACCCCUAUCACCUCGCGACAGGGACAGUUCAAGGAAGUACCAGUCGAAGGUAACCUCGACGUCGGCGCAUUCGUAGCUAGCUUCAACCAGUUCGGCAAGAACUACAGCGCGGAGCUUCUUGAGGGUUACCAGACCCUUCAAGGAACCUACAACAUCUCUGCGCAGUACUGUAAGCCAGCCAGCGGUAGCGGAAACACGAUUCAGCUCUUGAGCCACGGUAUCGGCUUUGACAAGACUUACUGGGAUCUGGAGUACGAAAACUACAAUUACAGCUACGUCGACGUCGCGUUGGCCGCUGGUUACAGUACGCUCGCGAUCGACCGUCUCGGUAUCGGUAACUCGUCUCACGGAGACCCCUUCAACGAGAUCCAAGCACAAGCGGAAGUCGAAGCCCUCAACUCUGUCACUACACAGCUGCGUGAGGGCAAGAUCCCAGAGAUCAGCUGUGCAUACGAGAAGGUCAUCCACGUUGGCCACUCCUUCGGCAGCGUCCAGUCCUACUGGCUCUCCGCCCUCUACCCCGAGAACACCGACGGUGUCAUCCUCACCGGUUUCUCCGUCGCCGGACAGUUCCUCGCAUACAUCACUGCCGGAUGGAACCUACACAGCGCUCGUCUCAACCAGCCCCUCCGCUUUGGCAACGCUUCCAACGAUGUCAUUGAGAAAAUCGCAAGCGAGUACGACCUAAGCGACAACAUUGUCGGCAGUCUUCAGAAGAUCCUCGCGGCCGCUGGUGUAGACCUGACCUCAGACGAGGUAUGGAACGAGCUUGCGACCACAGAGGUCCUUGACUUGAUCAACGGAUACAACAAGACCGUUACCCAAUACGACUACCCCUCCGGCUACAUGGCACACUCCGACCUCACAGCCCUACAGUACGCUUUCCUCCAGCCAGGCAACUACGACGUCGGCCUCGCUCUCGUAGCCGAGAAGACCAAGCAGCCCGUCACCACCGGCGAGCUCUUGACUAUCGGCGGCUCACCCAGCUCGUCUCCCUUCACUGGCCCCGUCCUUGUCAUCACUGGGGAGACAGACGUUCCCUUCUGUGGUGGCAACUGCUACGGUCAACUCAUGGGUUCCAACGCCUCCAACAUCCCCGAGGGCGUUGCCAUGGCCUACCCCAACGCCUCUGCUUUCGAGUCCUACAUCCAGCCUAACACUGGCCACGGUUUGAACUUCCACUACAACGCCACAGCUGGCUACCAAGUGAUGCAGGACUUCCUGGCUAGCAACGGUCUUGCUGCGCAGUAA